ACAUUAACGAAUGUGAACAAGUGCCUAAACUUUGUGCACAUCAAUGCUCCAACUGCCCUGGCAGCUUCAAAUGUGUCUGUCCACCAGGACAACAUUUAUUAGGGGACGGGAAGUCCUGCACUGGAUUGGAGAGGCUGCCAAAUUAUGGCUCUCAGUACAAUAGAUAUAACCCUGCCCGGUUCUCCCCCGUGAGAAACAACCACCAACCUCACCAGCAUUACAAACAGUACUCACAUCUCUACAGCUCCUACUCAGAGUCUAGAAACAGCAGAACACCUCUCUCCAGGACUAGAAGGACUAUUAGGAAAACUUGCCCUGAAGGCUCUGAGGCAAACCAUGACAUAUGUAGGUAUUGAUGAAUGUCAAAACAGAGACACUUGCCAGCACGAGUGUAAAAAUACCAUUGGAAGCUACCAGUGCAUCUGCCUGCCUGAUUAUCAGGUCAUGUUCAAUGGGAAGACAUGCCAAGAUAUUGAUGAGUGUCUGGAGCAGAACAUAUGCUGUGGGUCGAAUCGCAUGUGUUUCAAUAUGAAAGGAAGCUACCAGUGCAUCGACACGCCCUGUCCACCCAACUACCAGCGGGACCCUGUGGCAGGGUUCUGCCUGAAGGACUGUCCACCCCAUGAUCUGGAAUGUGCCUUGAGCCCAUAUGCCUUGGAAUAUAAGCUUGUCUCACUCCCAUUUGGAAUAGCUGCCAAUCAAGAUUUAAUCCGGCAAGUUGCAUACACCCAGGAUGGAGUGAUAUAUCGCAGGACAACUUUCCUCGUGGUAGAUGAGGAACAGACUGUCCCUUUUGCCUUAAGGGAUGAAAACCUGAAAGGAGUGGUGUACACUACUCGACCACUAUGGAAGCCAGAGACCUACCGCAUGAGAAUCUAA